AGCGGCACCGGCACCCCGACCCAGACACGGCGCGCAGCGGGAUGAGACGCAACAAGAACUACACAUCCGGCGGAGUGAUCAUCUUCCACACGCCUCUUCCUGUCAGCGUGUUCAAAUCAGAGGAGUGCAGGGCGGAUGUGAGGGAGCCUGCGGCCCGCAGAGGGAGCCCGGCUGUUCGGGGAGCGAGGACCAGGAGCCCCGGGACAUGCGCAAGAGUCGGGGGAAGGGACGAGGAGGCCCCUCCCUGUGGGGCCCAACCGGGAGCCAAACAGGAGCGGCUCUCUCACGCCUCCCUCAGACGACUGAAGGCCAAGAUGGAGGCUGACCGUCAACAGCUGGAAGAAAUAAUCCAACCGCUGCUGGAUACACAAAGGGGUCUCGUGAAGGACUUGGAGAGGUUCCUGCGCCACCGGGACGUGACGGAGCUGAGGAGGAGGGAGCUGCUGCACAAGCGCUGGACUGAGCGCGUGUGGUUCCCCCUCCAGAGGAGGCUGGAGGAACAUGCGUCCAGCCGCGGCCCCACGGCGGCCAAGAGGCGCCAGAGCUUAUACGGUCACUACCUCCAUCACUGCAACACCAAGGGCUCUGUGUUUCUAGAGACCUAUGAUGUCAGGGAAUACAAUCCGCUUCUUCUGCAAACCAAAAAGCGCAGUACUGCUGACUUAAAGGACCCGCUGUACCUCCAGUUGCAUGAAGGACUGAAGGGGAAAAGAACAGCCGGUUCUUGUGAAGGAUGUAGAUACACAAGGAGACAAGUUGAGAUGCUAUCUCAGAGGGAUCCUCCUCUGAGUGAAUCUGCGACGCCUCGGACCGCCAUCCUGCGACUGGCUUCAUCUAAUCAUCCAGUCACUGCAUCCAGAAACCCUCCAGUGGGGGAUGAGACUGAAGGAAGGAGGCUCGAGCGCAUACCGUACUACUUCAGUGCAAACGCCAACGCAGAUGGAAGAUGCCAUGAGAGCAGCUGCUGGCUCCUCGGAUUUGGGCAACAACCAGCGAGUUAAAAACAGCGUCAGUGCUCGCCCACAUCCAAAUAAAAUGCAUUUUAACCGUAAAUCUCCACCUCUGCUUCCCUCCAACUACCUCACAUUCCCCAAAAGGCACCGCACUAGAAGGGGUUAUCGUUUGGGAAAUGUGUCGACAGAGUAGAGAAACAUUCAGCCGCAAUAAAGAAGAAAU